UCAGUAUCCAUGGAAGCAGCGAGGGAGAUCACAAGAGAGAGUGCUCGUGAAAGAGGUAGUAACAGAGUUGCAUGUGUUCAAGAAGAGGAUGGUGAAAACAUCGACGUGGAGAGGCCAUGCAAGCAAGUUGAUGAGCAGCAGCAACACCAGAAAUCUGGAUGGAAGAAGUUCCUUGCUCACGUUGGACCCGGAUUCCUGGUGUCGAUGGCUUACCUUGAUCCGGGGAAUUUGGAAACCGAUCUACAAGCAGGAGCUAAUCACAAGUACGAGCUCUUGUGGGUGAUACUGAUUGGUCUCGUUUUUGCACUGAUUAUACAAUCAUUAUCGGCGAAUCUCGGUGUGUCUACAGGAAAGCACCUUGCGGAGCUGUGCAAAUCAGAAUACCCCAAGUACGUUAAGUACUGUCUUUGGGUGCUGGCAGAGUUAGCAGUGAUUGCUGCUGAUAUACCUGAAGUGAUAGGAACUGCCUUUGCGCUCAACAUCUUGUUCCAUAUCCCACUGUGGGCAGGUGUGCUUAUCACAGGCCUGAGCACUCUGAUGCUCCUUGGCCUUCAGAGAUAUGGAGUCCGGAAGCUUGAGCUUCUAAUAGCAGUGCUGGUGUUAAUCUUGGCCGCCUGCUACUUUGGAGAGAUGAGCUAUGUAAAACCCCCAGCUGCUGAGGUGAUGAAGGGGCUCUUUGUGCCUAGGCUCGGCGGCAACAGUGCUACCAGUGAUGCGAUAGCGCUCCUGGGCGCCCUCGUCAUGCCGCACAAUCUGUUCCUGCAUUCGGCUUUGGUGCUCUCAAGGAAGACUCCCCCCUCUGUCAAAGGCGUCAAUGAUGCAUGCAGAUUCUUCUUCCUCGAGAGCGGUUUCGCGCUGUUUGUUGCAUUGCUGAUCAACAUUGCUGUGGUCUCUGUCUCUGGGACUGUCUGUGCUGCUGAUAACCUCUCUGCUGAUGAUGCUGAUAGAUGCGAUGAUUUAACUCUCAAUUCAGCAUCAUUCUUGCUCAAGAAUGUCCUGGGGAAAUCUAGCUCAAUAGUCUACGGGAUUGCAUUGCUGGCCUCCGGACAAAGCUCUACAAUAACAGGCACAUACGCCGGCCAAUAUAUCAUGCAGGGUUUCUUAGACAUCAAGAUGAGGAUGUGGGUUCAGAACCUGAUGACUAGAUGCAUCGCGAUCGGUCCAAGCCUCAUCGUCGCGAUUAUAGGAGGCUCUGCUGGAGCAGGAAGGCUUAUAAUUAUCGCAUCGAUGAUACUUUCCUUUGAGCUGCCUUUUGCUCUCAUCCCUCUGCUCAAGUUCAGCAGCAGCAGCACGAAGAUGGGGCCUCACAAGAACUCAAUUUAUGUGAUCGUGGUCUCGUGGAUCCUCGGUUUUGGAAUCAUAGGAAUCAACAUCUACUUCCUGAGCACAAGCUUCGUGGGAUGGCUCAUCCAUAGCAGCCUUCCGAAGGCUGCCACAGUCUUCGUUGGCAUCGUCGUGUUCCCUUUCAUGGUGGCCUACGUCCUGGCCGUCAUCUACUUGACGAUCCGAAGGGAUACGGCGGUGACAUUUGUGGACAAGCCCGAUGCGUCCCAGGUAGAGAUGGAGAGUGGAGUGCGUAGUUCGGAUGGCAAUAAGGGCACUGAAGUGGUUCCGUACAGGGAUGACCUCGCCGAUAUCCCUCUUCCUGACUAAUGUUCGUCAGAGUCUCCGUGAAAUGUGUUGUCCAGCAGUGACUGAAUAAGUGUGGGAUGAAUGCGAAUGGUUGGCUAAUCUCCUUGAGCGCUUGUUUAUAAGUUUAACUU